AUGUCUGAAAGAAAAAAAGUCACCAAAUUAAUAACACCAACAGCAAAAAAAAAUGUCAAAUACAUAGAAAGUUGGAAGGGUUACGAACACCUCAAAGAAAAAUUAAUCAAAGCUUCGAAUGACUAUGUUGAUGCUUCGGAUGUUGUCUACAGGUUAUGUGGUGGUGAAAAAUUAAUACACAAUACAAUAGCUGCUAUGAAUGGAAAUAUUAGUAAUAUCAAACCUGAUGAUGUACAACCAUCGAUAGAUGCAGCUCAAAAAUUGACCGAGCUUUCAAAUUUAUGCGCAAUAUUAAUUCACAAACAUUAUAUUUCACCAACUCUUGUUAACGAUAUUAAAAAUAGUAUAAUUGAAUAA